AUUCAGAUUCAGAUCCAGAUCUAUACCUUUCUCAAUACUAAAGCAAAGCUCUCGGUUGUGUUAGUCCUCAGAGACCCUCAACCACAGAAAACAUGCUUCUCAAGUUUUCCCUCCUCGGCCUCUUCGCCACCUCAGUCCUCGCCGACGGCGCCGCCAUCGUGGCCGCCAUGGACGAGAUCGCGGCCCAGAACACGGAGCUGGGUGACACCGUGUCGUCCUGGGAUGGCGGCCUCUUCGGCACGCUCCCCAUCAUCAUCGACUCCACCAAGCUCCUCAUCAAGAUCAACGAGGCCACCAAGGUCGCCGAAGACUCGGAGCCCCUGACCGCCCUCGAGGCCAUCGGGGUGGCGCAGGCGACGCAGAAGCUGUCGAGCGGCGUGCAGACCACGCUCACCGCCGUCGUCGACGCGAAGCCCAAGUUUGACAAGCUCCUGCUGAGCCCCGUCAUCCUGCUCAACCUCAAGUCCGAGCAGAGCGCGACGGACAAGUUCAGCGCGGCUGUCAUUGAGAAGGUCCCCGAGGCGUUGCAGGCCUUCGCUAAGACGCUGAUUGAGCCGAUUGAUACGGCGUUCAACAAUGCCAUUGACACUUACAGCUGAGUCAAUGCAUCGGCCGGCUGGAAUACUUAUGAGCGAGAGGAUUGGAAGAGUUAUUUAUAAUGAAGAACGACUGUUGUGAGGUUGGGGCGGGCUCGAGG